AUGUCCGCCAAUAGUGACGACCACAGAAGUCUGGCAAAACAAGCGCAUUGCGAGUACCCAUCAGGGACGUUUGGGGGUAUUGUCGAUUUGACAACGCGUGGCUCGUUGUCCUCUACUGGUGACUCUCAUGAUUCACUAUCAGCACUCUUCUUCCUUGAUACAUGGCUGUUCCGUAAUCGUGGUCUCUCAAUGACCAUUCGUCAAGCGCGAAUGCCCACGGAAUUCUGGGUUGCUAUCAACUCGGGGCCUGGCAGCUUCGGCCAGCACUUAAAUCGGUACUUUACGAUGGUUCAUCCAUUUUUCCCAAUUCUAUCCAAAAGGAGGACUUACCGGCUAUGUCUGCACGAGUCAUCACUCGAAGGGGAGGACGUAGAUCCUGCUCUUGUUUUACUUAUGUUGGUCAUUUGUCUCCUAUCUACUACGGCUUCUCAGGGUCAUUUGGGAACCGGAGAACUGUACUCUCAAGUGAAGCACUGCUAUUCGUCCGUGGAAUCUCUGGGAGUCAUAACUCCACGAGUCUUACAGGCAGCCCUACUUAUCGCUUACUGGGAGGUUGGGAGCGGCGUAUAUCCUGCGGCGUAUCUAUCUGUCGGUCUAUGUGCCAGACUAGGACACGCUCUAGGGAUUCAUCGCCAACGAAAGGUGCCACAAAUGUUUCCAAGAUCAGGGUCCUGGGUGGAAGUUGAGGAGCUCCGUCGUGUCUGGUGGGGAGUCAUGAUUUUUGACAAAUACGUUACAAUUGGCUUGAUCGAUCAACCCUUCUCGUGUGACGACGCUCACCCUGAGGAUAUGCUACCCACGACGGAGAGUUCUUGGGAUCAAGGGGAACCGAGCGUGAGCCCAUCACUUGCUGUUUCGGGAGAUGCAUCGCACGCAAUAUCACCGUUCGCACGACUCUGUCAAGCCUCUGACCUUCUUUCUCGUGUUCUUCGCCAUAUCAAUGAAAAGCCAUCCGAUACGCAGUUUUGGUACAAGGAGGGCAUCCAGCUUCACUAUCUUCUGGAUUCAUUUGCAACAGGAUUGACUCUAAAGAGUUCACAAGAUCAGACUAAUAGCAUUCUUGUUGGUGACAGAUCUCUACAUCCAGCAGUCGGUGUCGUGUAUAGUGCCCAAAUGCUUCUUUACGAUACGCACACCUGCGCAGAUUUCGACCGCCUGAGCGGUGUCGGCAUUCCAGAGCAGCUCGAAAUGCAGAAGAUUGCAUUGGCAGGCGUUAAAGUAGUGUGUACCGCUGUUUCUGGCUUUGCUCGUGGAAUAAGGGCCAGGGAAGUCAGAGCUGCCGGUAUAAGCCCACUUGUCAUUAAUUGUCUAUACGAGGCUGCAAAGUACUACUUCUGGUACUACCGUGAGACGAAUAACCCUGAACUGCUGCAUGAAGUGACUGAGAUUACUCUCGCUCUGCAGGCCAUUGCUGGUACAUGGGCUGUUGCGGGUAUGGUAGCCCUCUCUUCUUCAUAA